UUUGCCCCUUUGUUUAGCCACUCGGUACAAUAUAAAUUCAAAACGUAGGGUUUUAUACCCCAUUUCACUCAGCCGAGCGAGAGAGAGAUAGAGAGAAACCAAGAGAAAAACAAUCCCCAGCGGCGAAGAUGGUGAAAUUUUUGAAGCCAAACAAAGCAGUGAUCCUUCUUCAAGGCAAAUACGCCGGUAGGAAGGCGGUGAUCAUCCGUGCAUUUGAUGAAGGAACAAGGGACAGGCCAUACGGCCAUUGUUUGGUUGCAGGUAUUUCCAAGUACCCGAAGAAGGUGAUUCGCAAGGAUUCAGCGAAGAAGCAGGCGAAGAAGUCUCGGGUUAAGGCGUUCAUCAAGCUGGUGAAUUACACUCACAUCAUGCCUACCCGUUACACUCUCGACGUGGACCUGAAGGAUGUUGUCAACGCUGAUGUGCUUUCGACUAGGGAUAAGAAGGUUACUGCUGCGAAGGAGACGAAGGCGAGGUUUGAGGAGAGGUUCAAGACCGGAAAAAACCGGUGGUUCUUUGCCAAGCUUAGGUUCUAAGCUUUUGUGCUGUUUGAAGGCUCUGGUAAUUUUAGUUUUAUUUGGUUUAAGACAAUUCGAUUUUGAUGAAAUGGUGAUUCUCGUGAGGGCAAAUUAAUUAAGGGGGACAAAAAAGUUUCAAAACUAAAAAUGAUUGACACUAGUCUUAAAUAUUGGGUACAGGUGACAAUUUUAAGAUUAGUGUUAAUGACACUAAUUUUAAAACUCUUUAAGUUUUAUUAUUUAUAUUUACACAAAGAUCUCUGCUAUAUUUACAUAAAGAUCCCUGAAGUUACAGUUGUUGCAUGCAGCAACUUCAAUAAAUUACCGUGCUGCAGCAACUUCGAUUUCGAUAAUUGCUGUAACACAACAACUAUUAGCAGCAAUUAUCGUAGUUGCUGAACCAACUCUCGUAGUUGCUGGACCAACUUGCGGGACCAACUCUCGUAGUUGCUAGACCAACGUGCUGGACCAACUCCCGUAGUUGCUGAACCAACUCUCGUAGUUGCUGAAUUUGCUAAAUUAUUUCUUCAUUGAUUUUUAAAUGAAAUCAAAAAAUUUCUUCUCAAACUUUUCUAAUUUUGUUUAUAAAAAUAGUUCAUGAAAAUUUAAAAAGGAAGAACUAAAUGAAAAGAGUAAGAAAAAGAAGGAAGAGAAAAAUCUACAGAGAGAGAAAAAGAGAAAAAGAAGAAGAAAGAUUGAAAGAUAAGGAAAGGGGGUAAACUUUAAAAUUUGAAAUUUUAGUUGGAGUACUUUUUAAAAAAUUAAAAAGUUUUUAAAAAUUACACUUUACACUCCAAUUAAUUUAAUCACAAUUUAAAUGAAGCUUUGACCUUAGCUGGUCAAAGUUGUCAUCAUUUUUAAUUCAAAGACUUUUUUGUCACCUCCCACUUAAUUUUCUCGUGAUGCUCGUAAUAUUUAAGUGUUGAUGGAGACUGAAUUUGCUAUCUAUUAGGCUGUUUUUGAUGUUACUUUAUUUUAAUUGAUGGAUAAUUUCUAGCUGUCCCUUCAGUUCAAUCAAUCUGAUGUUUUGAGUUGCUUGAUA